AUGGUCGACGUGGUGCGCACAAAGUCGCAUCUCUUCCGUCCAUCACAUCGUUCCUCUCCCUCUGCAGACGCAAGCAAUGCCGCACAGCUAGCUGCAGCCAUGCCUCGCCCUUCCCGCGGCGUCGGCCAGUCUGCUUCUGAUGCGGCUUCCGCCGCCGAGUUCGCUUCCAAGAAGUAUGUCUGGAUCCCAGACCCUGCCCUCGGCUAUGUCUCCGGCUGGGUCAUCAAGGAGCAAGACGGCGGCGAAACCUCCGUCUGCGCCUUGCAAGACGGAUCCAACCGCGCCGUACCCACCUUUGAGCUCAGCAAGAUGAACCCGCCCAAGUUCGACAAGGUCGAGGACAUCGCCGACCUUACCUUCCUCAACGAGGCCAGUGUGGUGCACAACUUGCGGCAACGCUACUUUAGCUCUCUCAUUUACACCUACUCCGGUCUCUUCCUCGUCGCGGUCAACCCCUACCAUACCCUCCCCAUCUACACAGACGCCAUCGUCGCCGCAUACAAGGGGCGCAGACGCGAGGAGAACGCUCCCCACGUCUUUGCCCUCGCCGACGAGGCCAUGCGCAACAUGAUCGACAACCGCGAAAACCAGAGUCUCCUCAUCACCGGAGAGUCCGGCGCCGGUAAGACCGAGAACACAAAGAAGGUCAUCCAGUACCUCGCCGCCAUCGCCGCCGACCCAACCGCCAACGGCACCCAGUCGCCAGCCAGCACCCUCACGCCAUCCUCCUCCCGAGAAGUUCUCGAUCGCAUCAACGGUGUCGCGCCCGUCUCGACAAAACGCCUUGGCCUUCUUGAGCGCCAGAUCCUCCAGGCCAACCCCAUCCUCGAAGCCUUCGGAAAUGCACAGACCAUCCGCAACAACAACUCGAGUCGUUUCGGCAAGUUUGUCCGCAUCGAGUUCACUUCCGUCGGCGCAAUCGCAGGCGCCAACAUCGACUGGUACCUCCUCGAAAAGAGCAGAGUCGCCAUCCGCAGCGAGAACGAGCGAAGCUUCCACAUCUUCUACCAGCUCCUUCGGGGAGGCGAAGCCGAGCUCAAGCAGAAGCUCCUACUUUCAAGCUCCCCCGAUGACUACGCCUAUCUCAAGGGCACCCGCAAGGACGUCGAGGGCGUUGACGAUCGCGCAGAGUGGAAGCUCUUGCGCGAGGCGCUUGACACCGUCGGCUUCUCCCCGGAUGAGCAGCUCAACCUCUUCAGGAUCGCUGCCGCCAUCCUCCAGAUUGGCAACCUUCAGCUCGCAACCGACCGCUCCGAACAGGCCCGCAUCACCAACAUGCCCCAGGUCGAGAAGAUCUGUCACGUCCUCGGCCUGCCCCAACAGGAGUUCACCAAUGCCCUCCUUCGCCCGCGUGUCAAGGCCGGCCGCGAGUGGGUGACUUCCUCCCGCACCAUGCGACAGGUCUCGGAAGAGAUGGCCGCGCUCAGCAAGACGCUUUACGAGAAGGCAUUCGGCUGGCUUGUAGACCGCAUCAACAAGGCCCUCGACCGUCCCACCAGCAAGAGCAGCUUCAUCGGCGUCCUCGACAUUGCCGGCUUCGAGAUCUUCGAGGUCAACAGCUUCGAGCAGCUCUGCAUCAACUACACCAACGAGAAGCUCCAGCAGUUCUUCAACCACCACAUGUUCGUGCUCGAGCAGGAAGAGUACGCGCGCGAGAACAUCGAGUGGGACUUUGUCAACUUUGGCCUCGAUCUCCAGCCCACCAUUGAUCUCAUCGAGUCCACCACUCCCAUCGGCAUUCUCUCGUGCCUCGAUGAAGAGUGCAUCAUGCCCAGGGCCACCGACGUCACCUUUACCGAAAAGCUCAACCGCAUCUGGGGCACCAACAGGGACGGCACCGCCAUGGAUGCCGCAGGCGCUGCACUCGCAGCCGAGAAGGGCCUCGCUCACGGCUCCACCAAGUUUGCCCCGACCCGUUUCGCGCAAGGCUUCACCGUCAAGCAUUACGCCGGCGAUGUCGACUACCGCACAGACGGAUGGGUCGACAAGAACAAGGACCCGCUCAACGAUAACCUCACCCGCGUCAUGUCCGAGUCCACCGAUCGCUUCGUCGCCACCCUCUUUGCCGAGUACGCCGAGGUGGACGAAGAGACCUCACUGGCCACUGCCCCCAAGCGUCGAGUCAAGCGUGGUGCCUUCCGCACCGUCGGUCAGAGGCACAAGGAACAGCUCAACUCGCUCAUGGGUCAGCUCUCGUCCACCCAGCCACACUUCGUCCGAUGCAUCGUGCCGAACCCGGAGAAGAAGCCUGGCAAGAUGGAUGUUCCGCUCGUGCUCGAGCAGCUCCGAUGCAACGGUGUGCUGGAAGGCAUCCGAAUCGCGCGUCUUGGUUAUCCAAACCGUCUCCUCUUCUCCGAGUUCAGAAACCGCUACGAGGUCCUCACGCCCGGUAUCAUUCCUCCGGGCUACAUGGACGGCCGCAAGGCAUGCCAGAGGAUGGUCGAGUCCCUCGAGUUAGACAAGUCCACAUUCAAGAUUGGCACUUCCAAGAUCUUCUUCAAGGCAGGCGUUCUUGCAGAGAUGGAGGAGCGUCGUGACUCGCACCUCUACGACAUCUUCAGCCGCUUCGGCGCUGCCUGCCGCAUGUACACGGCGCGCCGCCAGAUGAAGAAGAUCCUCAAUCGUGCUGCAGCGGUCCGAACAGUGCAGCGUAACGCACGUCUCUACGUCGAGCUCCGCGAAUGGCCCUGGUGGCAACUCUACACUCGCGUGCGUCCUUUGCUCACCGCCACAAGGCAUGACGAGGAGCUCAAACGCAAGCAGCUCGAGCUCGCUAUGGUCACAGAGAGGGCUGAACGCGACCAAAAGGAGCGCGAAGCCCUCGAAGCUUUGAAGUUCCAGCUCGAGGCUGAGAAGCGCAAGAUCGAAGAGCAGCUCGAGUCGGAACGUACCCUGCUCCUCGACAAGGACCAGCUGCUCGCCCGAUCCAAAGAGCGCGAAGCCGCACUCGAGGAAGACCUGGCGGCCCUACAGGGCGAUGUCGACUUGCUCGAAGGCCAGCUCGAGAAGGCAAUCGCGACCCAGAAGGCAACGGAGCAAGCGCAUGCAGAACUCAAAGCCGCUUUCGACCAGGCUGCCGAGCAUCUUUUGCGUCUUGAAGCUGAGCAGAAGGCAUGGAAGGACAAGGAAGACACCUUCAUGCGCGAUCUCAGCAAGCACACCACCAACGCAGAGCAGUUCCGUUCCGAACGCCAGGCCCACAUGGCUGAAAAGGAGGACUGGCAGCGAAAGCUACAGGAGAAGGAGCAGGACCUCGACCGGGCUCAGAAGCGAAUGCUCGCUGCUGUCCAGGAGGUCGAAGCCAAGCUUGUGGCCGAGGCCAAGGGCCGCGAGCAGGAGCAACAGCGUGCCGUUCAGCUCGAAGACCAGACUCGGCAGUCGACCUACCAGCUUUCCGAGCUGCAGCGCGUCGCGGCUGGCCACGAGACAAAGCUCAAGGACAAGGAGCAGGAGGUUCAGGCUCUGCAGAAGCAGGCGUCGGACCUCGCCCGCGAACGUGAGGCGCUCACAAAGCAGGUCGCCGACCUCAGCGUCAAGAUCGACACGUUCGGCUUUGACCUCAAGUCGGCCAAGGACGAGCAGGCCACCAUCAACCAGGCCAAGGCCGCCUUGCAGAAAGAGCUCGACGAGACUCGACGCUUGAUGGAAGCCAAGAGCUCCGAGGACGUCAAGACCAAAGAGCUGCACCGCAUGAAAGAGCAAGAGCUCCAGACCUUGCGCGAGCAGAUGGCCAGUGUCCAGAAGGAGCUGUCCGAGACCAAGCACUCGAGCCUUGAGCAGAUCUCUGCGCUGCGAGCCGAGAUCUCUGCUGCUCAGAAGGAGGCCCAGUCACAUGGCUCUGCCCGCAAAGACGCCGAAGAGCAAGUGCGCGCCGCUGAGGCUCGUGUUCGUGAUGCCGAUGCCAAGGUUGCUGCUACCGAAAAGGCCCGGCACGAGGCGGAGGCCUUGCUACAGGAAGCCCAAAGCAAGUCGGCCGUCAUCAACCGAGGUCUCCAAGACGCUUUGAAGAACAAGGACACGCUCGAGAAGCAGCUGCAGGCAUCUACAGUCAAGCACCAGGACUUGGAGGAUGCGCUGCUGGAGCUCGAGCGUCGCGAGGCGGGCUGGAAGCUCAAGACUGAUCAGGUCGCAACUGAGCUCAGCGCCGAGUCCAAGCGACGCGAGUUGCUUGAGCAGGCCCACAAACAAGCCGAGCGCAACGCCAACAGUCUGCAGCAGCUCGUGGCUGGCAAGGACAAGGAGCUCAGCGGACUGAAGCACGAGCUGACGCUGUCGCAGCAAGAGGUGCGCAAGCUGCAGUCCAUGCAGAACAAGACCAUUGUCGAGCAUGUUCACGUGCUUGAAGAGGCCAAAAAGUACACCGACCGCCAGCUACAAGAUGCACAGGCCAAGCUGCAGGAGCUUGCACACUACACCAAGACGCUCGAGAAGAGCAAGACCCGUCUCGUGAACGAGAAUGAGGACUUGACACGCGAGCUCACGCGACUUCAGCGAGGCAAUGGUGGUGCUGCGACAGCACCUUCGCCCAACCUCAGCAACGGGCUUCGAGGCGCUGUCACCACGUAUGGCAAUGUGGCUCCCUCGUCCAAUGGCGAUACCAAGUCGCUCAAGAAGCUGGAGGACAAGGUUGCCGAGCUCACCAACUCGCUGCGUCAGGCGCAGCAGCAGCGCGACGAGGCACUGUCCAAUGCACGUCGCAAAGAUCUGCAGGCCGACGAGAUGGUGAGCCGAACGCGUCGCCAGUAUGAGCAGCACAUCCAGGAGCUCGAGCGCCAGCUCAAGAAUUCGCAGAUCGCACGCAGCACCACCAUGACGAACCUCGAGGAACUGAUCCUUGCCGGUCAUGGAUCGCCACAAGUCACCGGCGGUCCAUCGGACGGUCUGCGUCAUCAGAUCCUUGACGAGCUUCGUCGUGGCCACGAGGAGCUGGAACAGGACAUUGCAGCCAAGAGCGAUCUGCUGCGUUCGCACAAGAUGCCUACCAAGGUUUCGGCUGCCGUUCCGCCCGCGCGCGGGUCCAGCAGCUACUACGUCUACGGCAACGAGGCCAAGAAGACCAACGGCCACACGCUGCACAGUGCGAGCAACGGGAGCAGCAGCAGUUCGAGCGCAUCCAAUGGCGAGCUCGAGGCGAAGCUGGGCGAGGUCACUCGGGCGUACCAGGAGUCCGUGGCGCAGCAGCGUCAGAGCCAGGCGCACAUGACGCAGCUCGUGACGCAGAUCCGCGACCUGCAAGCCGGGCUGGACGAGAGCGAGCUCAAGUACGACCAGCUGGCUGCGGCGUACGAGUCUCUGAUCCACGAGGCGGGCGUAGACGAGAGUAUGAUCAACAGCCUGCAGCAGACGCUGGAGAAGUACAAGAGCCAGGCGGACAAGCACAUGGAGAACUGGCGCAGGACCACGGUCGAGCUCGAGAAACACACCGCCAGCCUGCGAAGCCAGACGGGUCGAAGGCCCGGCUCCAUCCCGCCCGAGAUGGUGAACGGCAGCAUGAGCCCUACUCGCACCCAGCUCAGCAUGCGAUAA